AUGAAUUCUGAUUCGAGCUCUGUCUCCAGCAGAGCUUCAUCGCCGGACAUGGAUGAGAUGUAUCUGAGGGAACACCACCACCGCCACCACCACCACCAGGAGAGCCGUCUCAACUCAGUCUCCUCCACGCAGGGCGACAUGGUGCAGAAGAUGCCCGGGGAAAGCCUCUCGCGGGCUGGCGCCAAGGCCACGGGCGAGAGCAGCAAGUACAAAAUCAAGAAGCAGCUGUCGGAGCAGGACCUACAGCAGUUACGGCUGAAGAUCAACGGCCGCGAGCGCAAGCGGAUGCACGACCUAAACCUAGCCAUGGACGGGCUGCGCGAGGUCAUGCCCUACGCGCAUGGGCCCUCGGUGCGCAAGCUCUCCAAGAUCGCCACUCUGCUGCUGGCCAGAAACUACAUCCUCAUGCUCACCAGCUCCCUGGAGGAGAUGAAGAGGUUGGUUGGCGAGAUCUACGGGGGCCACCACUCUGCCUUCCACUGCGGGACCGUGGGCCACUCCGCCGGCCACCCAGCACACGCCGCCAACGCCGUGCACCCGGUGCACCCCAUCCUGGGCGGCGCGCUCUCGUCCGGCAACGCCUCGUCCCCGCUGUCCGCCGCCUCGCUGCCGGCCAUCGGCACUAUUCGACCUCCCCACUCGCUGCUCAAGGCGCCCUCCACGCCGCCGGCCCUGCAGCUGGGCAGCGGCUUCCAGCACUGGGCCGGGCUGCCCUGCCCCUGCACCAUCUGCCAGAUGCCGCCGCCGCCGCACCUUUCCGCUCUCUCCACCGCCAACAUGGCUCGGCUGUCGGCCGAGUCCAAGGACUUGCUCAAGUGA